CAGAGAGACACUAGCGCACUCUGAUCGCAGGAGAUCUCCACAGCAGCUGGCACAUGCUUAGUCUGUUUACAAACAGAUGCAGUGUCAUAACCAGAGCCUCGUAUGCAACCAUCACUUCCAGGAUGCGUAUACCCAACCUCCCUUGGAUAAUACACAAGGCGCUGCCUCACGGUUUUCUUUUUUUCUACUUCUACACAAGAAACACUAAAAUGGGCUGUGCCAUUAAGGGGUUAAAGCAUACUUAUAUCUUCUCACAAGGGCCCUGUAUUCAGUAGAUGAAACGUUCCAAGCCGGUUCUGUCAGCCAACUAAAGAAUGUAGUUAAGUCAGUUUAGCCAGAAUAUCACUAUAAAAGCUGACUAGAGGACUAUAGAUCUUCAGUGCCACAUUGGAAGUGCCUCUGAGUUGUGGAAAAUGUGGGUGCACAAGCUGGUAGUCCUUUCUUUGGCACUUUCUGGAGUUUAUUCCUUGAAAUGUCAGGAUGCUUCUAUUUCUGAGAAGAAAAAAAAAAUUCUGAACUUGUUAGCGUGCUGGGAUGAGAACUCUGAAAGUGACGAUCAGUCUCAUUCUGGGUAUCCUACUGGUGGAUCGGACUAUGGGUACAGGAGCUGCAAGGAAAUUAAGAGUUCUGAUAGAUCUGCAAAGGAUGGAAUAUAUAUGUUGAUGACAGAAGAUGGGCUGAUGUAUCACGCCUACUGUGACAUGACAACCAACGGUGGAGGGUGGACCUUGGUGGCCAGUGUUCAUGAAAACAACAUGAAUGGUAAAUGUACAGUGGGAGAUCGCUGGUCCAGCCAGGAAGGAGACAACAUCAACAACCCAAAAGGUGAUGGUAACUGGGCCAACUACGCUACAUUUGGUCUACCUAUUGGAGCUACCAGCGAUGAUUAUAAGAAUCCUGGCUAUUUUGAUAUCACUGCUAAAGAUCUGAGUUUGUGGCAUGUUCCCAAUAAUACACCCUUGUCAGAGUGGAGAAAUGCUUCUCUCCUGAGAUAUCGCACAACCAACGGCUUCUUUAAUGAUGAGGGUGGUAACCUCUUCAACUUAUACAAAAAAUACCCAGUAGUGUACAAUGCCGGAGCCUGCCUUGCACAGAAUGGACCGGCUAUUCCAGUUGUGUACGACUUUGGAAGUGCUGGGAAGACAGCAUUAUAUUACUCCCCAAAUGGCGCAACACAGUUCACUGCCGGCUAUGUCCAGUUCCGGGCUAUUAAUAAUGAAAGAGCUUCCCUGGCUCUAUGUCCAGGUGUGAAGGUGACUGGAUGCGAUGUAGAACAUCACUGUAUUGGAGGAGGCGGUUACAUCCCAGAAGGAAACCCCAGACAAUGUGGAGACUUUGCUUCCUUUGACUGGGACGGUUAUGGAACACAUGUUGGAUGGAGUAGCUCCAAGGAAAUAACUGAAGCAGCCGUCCUCCUCUUCUAUCGCUAAUAUGGGCGAAUUAAAUAUUUAGUUGCUUCAUGCCUGGAAAAAAAUAAAAAAUAAAACAUUACCAUCUCUCUGUGA